GAGAAAGUACCGGUCCUUCCGCCAAUCCCCGCAGGCCACAGCGAGUUUUCCUUCCUGGCCUCUUUCCGUCACUAGUGGUUGUACCCCCGCCGACCCGACAGCCAGCCAAUCAGAAUCGCAACAGCAUCCCGCCUUUGUUUUGUUCGCUUAGGCACUAAGUCAGUUGGAGUUUUGAGGACUAGCUACACUGUUCAAAUCCCGCGGAUCGCGGGUGUAUGAGAGGAGGUCAAGGGAAGAGCAGUUUGCGGUCGAUUUCAUCACCUCUGUGGUCGUUAAGAUUUUUUUUCACAAUUGAGGAUAGCCAAGUAAAUCAAGAUGUCUGUGGAUCCAAUGACCUACGAGGCCCAGUUCUUUGGAUUCACACCACAAACUUGCAUGUUUAGGAUCUACAUUGCAUUUCAAGACUACCUGUUUGAAGUGAUGCAGGCUGUUGAACAGGUUAUUUUGAAGAAGAUGGAGGGCAUCCCAGGUUGUGACAUUACUCCAGUCCAGAUUCGUAAAUGCACAGAGAAGUUUCUUUGCUUCAUGAAAGGACAUUUUGAUAACCUUUUUGGCAAAAUGGAACAGCUAUUUUUGCAAAUGAUUUUGCGUAUUCCCCCUAACAUCUUGCUUCCUGAAGAUAAAUGCCAGGAGAUGUAUCCUUAUAGUGAGGAAGAAUUUCAGCUUCUACAAAAAGAAAUCAAAGAAUUACAAGAGAAGUGUAAGGUUGAAAUGUAUACUAAGCAAGCCCUUCUUGCAGAAUUAGAAGAGCAAAAAAUAGUUGAGGACAAACUGAAACAGACCUUGACUUUGUUUGAUGAGCUUGAAAAUGUUGGAAGAGAUCAUGGGACUAGUGAUUUUAGGGAGAGUUUGGUGUCUGUGGUCCAGAAUUCCAGAAAACUCCAGGAUAUUAGAGAUAAUGUGGAAAAGGAAAGCAAAAGACUGAAAAUAUCUUAAUUUCUGUAUGGUAAAAAGAUUCUGUUAAAAAGAUUUUCUUCGCUUACUCUUUCUUGGGUGCUGUAUCUUACUGUUUUUCUUUUUUUUUUAUUCCAUUCACCUGAAGUAGCUGUGUAUUACCUUGAACUAGUCUUGGAAAAAAUUUGUUCAUUAGAGACCUCAAAUAGAUGGGAAGCAUUCUUAAUAAUUAAUUAAAAAUUAAUGACUCAUGUGGCAGCAAGUUCAUAGGAGUGAAACUAUGACUGAAGAUAUUAUGAAGCUGUACCUUUUGUGACCAUAAUUCUUGUAGCUUAUUUUUGGAUUAAUCAAAUGCAAUAAGUCCUGGAUUUAUGAUUGAGUUUUGUUCUAGGAGAAUGUUUAAGUCUGAUUUGGUCUUAAGUCUGACAAAGUGAAUCUAUGUACCUUUAACAGAAUUAUGCAAUGUAAAGCACACACAAAAAAGAAUGAACAGCAUCUACUGUCUUUUUUGCCUCAAUAUAUUCACCAAUUAUUUUUA